UCAGCUUCAAGAGUAUAUCGUUCUUACAAAGGUUUUCCUCUUGAUUUUAAAACUGAGAGCAGCCGGAAGAAUGCCUGAAGGUACAGGUUAUGUUAAUUCAGUAUAAGAAUAAGUUAAUCCCGUUUGUAACCUGUAGAGACACCAGUAAAAGUGGGAGACAGGGGCCGAUAUAUCCACGGAAAUUCAAAUUGAUCCUAUGCGCUAUGACAUGUUGCAUCAUGUGAGCUGUUAGCCGCAAUAAUACUUGCAGCAACCUUUUAAGUGAAAUGUAGUCUCGUAUACUGUGUACAGGGCCACUUUUAGAUGGUGAUGUAGGGUAUGUCUAAAUUUCUUAUUUUCUACCCGCAAAAUAUCACCGCCCACCAUAUUUGCCCGAAGAGGGCCUGCGGAGGAGGUAGAUAUAUGUCCCUACAUUUCUGCGUACGAUCACUACGAUGUGGUCCCGACAGCACACCGCAGUAGAAAACAUGACCCGGUAUACAUCAUAAGCCUAAAACAUAUUUCGUGCAUGGUACAAAGUAUUUAAAACUUUAUCCACUGAACUAGCUCAGUGGUUGCAACUCAUCAGUGGUUGCAACCGCGCAAUAUUCGGCUUCGCGAGGUAUAUCCGACAUAACCCGAGUUAUCCGACUAAUCACGAUGACAAUCAAUAUGGCUGUCUAUAGAUUGUGUUCAUUUUGGAGAAAGCCGGCCUCGAAUCUUUAUAAAACAGAUUUAUCAAAUUUUCGUCGUUGCAAGUCAACCAGUGUAAACAAGACUGAACAAAUUCCAAAGCAAUCUUGGAAAUUUCUGAUUUUGGCCUUUGGCGUUCCUGUUAGUGGUUUUCUGUUUUACAAGACUGUUGUUGAGCCAAGUAGCCGGGACCUCUCUGAAGAGGAGAAACAACUGCCAUAUAUAACCAGGUUGAUGAUAAAAUAUUUCAUGGAAGAUCCCAUCAAAAAUAAACAAAAGAUCCAUGAACAUAUACAAGUGUGUCGACAAGUUGCUGAUAAAAGGCUUGCAUUGAAUCAUGCAAAACAGAAUCCAAUAGCUCCUGGUAAAUUUCAAGAGACAAUCACACGGGAAAAGCAGAAUGUUGCAUAUGAUACUGAAAUGCACUGAUUUAAUUACACUUCAAUUCUCACAUGUGUGUUUGUAAGGUGUUGUUAAAGGAAUGUACAAAGCCAUUAUAUUGUUGUAUUUUUGAGCAAUAUUUCUAAAAAUAAAUAUUUUAUGUCCAGC